AUGUCGCACAAACCAACACCUUAUUCCCCAAAUUUCCCCCCGUCUCAAGGAUAUGCUCCGCCUCCUGACAGUAAAGAGGGCUAUCCCAUGAAUCCACAAGGAGGAUACCCUGGCCCUCCACCUCCAGGACCCCAACUUCCACCUGGAGCCCAACCUUUACCAGGAAUGCAGCCCGGGUUCCAACCUGGAUUUCAACCUGGCUUCCAACCGGGAUACCCUCAUCCUCAACCAGGGUAUCCUCAGCCAGGCUACCCACAGCCGGGCUAUGGUCCACCUGGACCUGUAGUUCAACAGCCCGGUCCUCAAGUGCCACCAGGUGGAUGGAUGACAGUACCGCAAGGGCUCAGCAAUUGUCCACCAGGAUUGGAAUACCUUUCUAUGAUUGAUGGAUUACUGGUACAUCAAAAGGUGGAGCUUUUGGAGGCAUUUGUGGGUUUUGAGACCAACAACAAGUACACAGUGAAAAAUAGUGUUGGCCAAAAAGUUUACUAUGCUGUGGAAGACAAUGAUUGCUGUACCAGAAACUGCUGUGGACCUAUGCGACCUUUCGACAUGAAAAUCAUGGAUAAUUUCAGGAAUGAGGUCAUCCACCUCCAUCGUCCACUGGCUUGUGAUUCGUGCUGGUGCCCAUGCUGGCUGCAAAGCAUGGAGGUCUCUGCCCCACCAGGCACUGUGAUUGGCUCCAUUGAACAAGAAUGGUCUAUUUGCAAGCCCUGUUACGUCAUUAAAAACGCUGCAGGUGACGUUGUCCUGAGAAUCAAGGGACCGUUGUGCACAUUCUCCAUUUGUGGAGAUGUUGAAUUUCAUGUUUACUCCAAGGAUGGAGAAACUAAAGUUGGUAAGAUUACGAAACAAUGGUCAGGUUUGGCGCGGGAGGCAUUCACUGAUUCUGAUUACUUCGGAAUCACUUUCCCUAUGGAUCUGGAUGUCAAAAUAAAGGCCGUUCUUUUGGGAGCUUGCUUCCUCAUUGACUUCAUGUUCUUUGAGAAGUCUGGAAACCAGGAGACAGACCGUCCUGGUAUGCUGUAA